CUGUAAACCGAACAUGCCCCUAGGGAAGUAAUCCAUUGCAAACAAACAUGCCCUUAGGGUUUACUACUGUGUCCGCUCCCACUGGGUCUGCGCAUCAGAGACCGACAAGACUGGGAAAUCCAGAGAUGCAUUUUUCUACCGAUCAGCUGAUCGGCUCGGCGUUCAUUGCCUUUGGACUCACAUUGUUCGUGUGUUUCUUCUACGUUGUCGUCAUGUCCAAGCUGCUUCCGCCACAUCAAAAUGGAUUCCUGGCCGCCAUCCAAAAUGACUGGUAUUACUGUCUGCUUGUGUCGUUGACGCUUCCUGUAAUAAUCGUGGCUGUCUACCUGCACUGGCUCAGCAUGAAGAUGUUCAAGCACGCAUGAGGUAGUCAUGCAGCUUCCUUCCGGUUUCAGAAUCCCGGUCAAAAUCGAGGUUGGUU